AUGCAAAUUCUUUCAUUUGUCGCCAUCAUCGCUGUAGCACUCUUCGGAGUAGCACUGGCAGAACAUGGUCACGCCUCCAGCUAUGUGGUACAACACGACAGUCAUCACCAUGGCGGCUACGAUGGCGGUUACGGUGGACACAGUCAUGGCUACGACCACCACGAGGAACACCAUGAACCGCAUCAUUAUCCCAAAUACUCAUUUGAUUAUGGUGUAAAGGACGCGCAUACCGGUGAUCACAAGAGCCAGUGGGAGCAUCGUGAUGGCGAUCAUGUUAAGGGCGGCUACACUCUGGAUGAAGCUGAUGGCACUAAACGUGUAGUUGAAUACACAGCUGAUGGCCAUAGUGGUUUCAAUGCCGUUGUGAAGCGCAUCGGUCAUGCUCACCAUCCUCAGGUGUACCAUCAUGGUGACAGUUAUCAAGGUGAUGGUGGUUACGGGCAUGGACAUUCCUGGUAG